GGCUGGUAUUUUUCAAGAAUGGCAUCUAAAAACUAUCAACCAGUGGAGAGAUAUGGACACUCCACAGUAAAGGUAGGAGACUACCUUUAUAUGUGGGGUGGAGACCAGCCUGAUCUCCCCGAGACACAUGAUAGUGAAAUGAAAAAAGAAAUGACGUCAUUAAUGGAUAUGUGUCAUUUACCAACUGGGAAAUGGGAGCAGAGGCCUACAAAUGGUAACCCUCCACUGGGUGUCUGGGGAUAUUCAUCUGUUGCUAUUGGAAAGGAAAUUUACUACUUUGGUGGGUAUUGUGGUCAUUCUGGCUGCUAUCAUAAUAGUUUGCAUUCUUUCAACGUGGAUACAUUCACCUGGAGGGAACUUUCUCCUUCUACUUCUGAUCAUGGUCCAAUGAUGAAGGCCAACUGUGGAAUGGUAGCACUACAUUCUGAUGGUGAGGACUACCUUGUAGUAAUUGCAGGAAAGGGAUCAUCUUCCAAUGAUGCACUUAAAAAUCAACCCAGUGCCAAGUAUGCACGUAGUAGAUGUAAUGAAAUACAUUAUUACAAGAUAUCAGCAGGUUAGUUAUUCUGGGGUUCUUGCCAGGCUGUGUAUGAAGGGCAUAGCGUUCUUCUUAAAAGCAAUAGAGCCUCAAUUAGG